AUGGACAUCGAAGCAAAAGAGAACCACUGUGAGGAAACGCAGGAAAAUCCAGAAAAGGAUGGAUCGUCUCUGCCAGAAACACGUAAACGAGCCCAUUCCGAUGAUGAGGUUGAAUUAAAGAAGUCAAAGAUUGAUCUCUUCGAGGUGUCCUCCGACUCCGACCAUUCAGAGUCGCAAAAAAGCAUCGUGGAAUUGCCCGAAAACGAGGAAGAUGCAGCUUCAACGACCCCUAAAAUGUCUCGCCGAUCGUCCACAGCUCAUCCUCCACAUUCGACUAGAACUCCGAUGGGAUUAAACAAGAAGAUGGGGUUACGAGAACAAGAACGACUCAAGAAAACCGAGGAAAAGCUACGUGCAAAGGAAGAACGCGAGCGCCAACUGGAGUUGAAGAGGCAAGAGAAGGAGAAGAAAGAAAGGGAAAGGGAAGAAAAACGACGAGAAGAAGAACGAAAGAAAGAAGAAAAGCGAAAGGAAGAGGAGAAGAAGAAAGAAGAGAAACAACGAGAAGCCGAAGAACGGAUGAAAGAGAAGGAAGAAAAGAAGAAAGAAGAGGAGGAGCGGAAACGGAAAAAGGACGAAGAACGAGAGUUGAAGAAGCAGGAAGAAGAGGAGAAGCGGAAAAAGAAGGAAGAGGAAAAGCUUCAACUUAAACGAGAAAAGGAGGAACAAAGGGAAGCUAAGAGGCGAGAAGAAGAGGCUGCUAAAGCGGCUGAAGAGGAAAAGAAGCGCCGACAGUCGACCCAUUUCAAAAACUUCUUCAAGGUUGAAAAGAAGAUUGAAAAAGCCAGCGAGAAGCCAGAGGAGAAAGAAAAAUGGUUUCAACCGUUUCAUCUCAAAGAGGGCGCAACUUUGGCCCCAAUUCAUCGCCGUGAUGUUUUGCCAUCUGAUUGGAUUCUGAAAACUUUCCCGGAUGAGGUUCCUUCAACUUAUUUGGACUCGAUUAAACCAUCGCGUAAACUUGUACUGGCAUCGAGAACUGAUGCGCUGAAAGCGAAACUGUUUCACUUUCACACAAACUACCGCCCUCCUUAUUAUGGAACUUGGCGUAAGCGAGCCGGCCAAGGUGUGAGUGGAAAGAAUCCUUUUGGAAAGAUGGUGAAUCUCGAUUAUGAGAAUGACUCCGACUCGGAAUGGGAAGAAGAGCCAGAGGACGCUGAUGAAUGUCGUUCUGAUGAGGAAGAAGAAGUGGAAAAGGACGAAGACGAAGACGAGGAGGAUGAUGAUGAAGGCUUCUUCGUCGAACCGGGCUAUUUAUCGGAUGGUGAAGGCGAUGUGGGAGAGGAAAGCGGCGAGAGGGCCGCCCAAGGGACAACAGAGACGGCAGAAGUGCGCGCGGAGCGGCUCGCGGGGCGUGCCAAAGUGUGGGAGCAAUCUGUGAACAGGAAGAAGCAACUUCUUGUCGCUACCAUUCUCGGUCCAAAUUUCAAGAACCCGCCCGCACCCUGUGAAUUACUUCAAGUGGUCAUUUUC